AUGGCUACCAAUCAACCCAACAGCAUCACCGCGGCCAGCCCCAAUGACCCGCCGCGGCCCAUGACAUCGCGAAACCUCAACAAGACCUGGCGAGACGUGGUCUGGGAGCAAUACGCGCAGGACCUCGCGGCCGACGUGCCCUUUCCAGUGCGCUACCUCAUCCACGCGGCGCAGUGGCGGCGCGACAUAUUCAUCACCAUUCCGUCCAAGAUUGAUGCUCGAACGCUUCGUCGCGCCGUGCUCGAGUUCGCAAAGGAGAGGCGUCGCGAGGCUGAUCCCUUUUGGGAUGGCGAGUAUAUUUCCGUCCGCUUACGGGCGAGACCGGCCCUUACGGGGCAAGGAGAGAGCGCCGCGGAGAGUGUGCCGCUAGAUGAUGGCCCGGAGAGGGGAUAUACUACCGACGAGACUGAAGAGUAUGCCGCGAGACGUGACUGCAGAAGGCCUUGA